CAUCAGUCGUAGUCUCAUCUGGCCGGCUCCAUGGCAAAACAAGACCUCUUUAUGUAUUUGCAUUUAUUUUCUGUCGUUUUUCUGCAGCUUUCUUUGUCUUUUGAUCAAGUGCCUGCUGUUGUGGAGAAAAGUUUAGGUGGACCCACAUCCCAAGAUAUCAGGGUUCAAAACAAUGGAUUGGCUUCCCAGAGCCAUAGUGCUGCUGCCGAUGGGGACAGUCCUUUGCUUGUGGUGGAGCACCCUCUCAGAAGAGUGCUGCAGCUUUAUGGGUGGCAGCUGGACUCCCCACACAGAACCAAAAGGAGGCUACUGCAGACAUCGAGCACUCUUCCUUACUCUCCUCUGAGCGUGGUUUACAAUGGAAAAACAUGUAUCCUGUUUAGGGCCAGGAAGAUUGCUAUAAGGUUCAGGAACAGCACUUCAGUGGAUCUCACAGAGAAGGCAUUCGGCCCCGACGCCCCGGUUGACACCAAAGGCUCUAUGUGCAGCAAAGAUAAAGCUACGCUUGUUCUACGAUUUGGAGAUGUGGAGGACUUGAGAGGACUUGCCAUAAGGCUACAGAUGUCCAACACAUUCUAUGAGUCGGCAGGGCAGAACUGGUUUACUCUGGACAGCGUACACAUCCACUACAACUGGACCCACGAGGCUACGUUCAAUGCCAGCGACGUGUACGCUCCUAGUACCUACUCCUACCACUGUCAACACGUCAGCAGUCUGCAGAAGUACGACACGCUGCUUGUACCAAGCUCCAUCACAGACAACUCCGCAAACUGGCACAUCACAUUCACAGACUUCCAGUUACAAUCGUUCAACGUGCUGUCCAACAAGUUUGCCUCAGCCAGCGACUGCGCUACGUUCUUCACUCCGGCAAUCCUCAUGGGUCUGAUCACCUCCCUCAUCCUCCUCCUGGUCCUGGCCUACGCUCUGCACAUGGUGGUGCACCUCAAACACAUCGACACUUACGAAGAGCACAAAACUACUGUCUACUUCCCUCGCAGCUCAGACACUGCAGAAUGCACCGAUGCCACCGGCUCCACCGCCACUGAGAAAAACAGCUUGUAGGACACUGUUUCCCAGGAUCCACCUCAGUCUCCACCACUAGGAGUAUAGACCGUUUCUGUAGUUGUCAGAGAAUGACUGUGCAGGGGCUCCGACUGAGACCCCUGAUGCCUGGCAGACCGACUGAUUGACUGACUCAACUCUAGAUAAAAAGCAACCUCCCAUACUGAAGGACAUGGUCAUGUUGCCUGGACUUGAUAUGGUCGUCCACUCUGGCAUUGCUGGACUCAGGCAGUGGUUGUCCAAGCCUGGUAGAUCCAAUACUUCUCAGCUCAGCAUCAUCUGGUGUAUUUGGAAACAACUUUGGAGGAGACUAAUCCUGAGACAUGAACCACUUAUCUGGCAUUGCAAGUGAAAAAUAAACUAAUAAUGAUGUACUCUUGAAUGAAAUUCAAACUGAUAAAAGCACAAAAAACUAUUUAGUUCCUUGUCAGUACUAUAAAUUCUGGUAUAUUGGAUAAAGAAGUUUAAUUUGAAUAUCCAUACCCUAAAUGGUACAUACCGUAAAGGGUAUGCAGUAUAUGCAGUAUAUACUAUUAUGUAAUUAACUAAUCUUUGUUGGAUACGCAAUUGGUUACAUUCUGAUGUUUCAGACCUGCAGAGGAUGUGUUUUCAAGACCUUGUCUUAUUGCGAGCUUUUGUGAAAAUAAUACUGUAUGUGAAUUCUGGUUUUGUAAAUUUUAUUUGGUGUUUUUAAUUUCUCAAAUGUGUAUUCUUCUUACAAGGUGGGUCUUCAAUAGUUUUCCAGUUAAAACAUUAUAUUGUCAUUGAACUAUUUAAAAAGCAGUUCAAAUUGCCAGAAUCACAUCAACAAUUUACUGUGAUAUGCAUCAUGCCUGUGGCUAGAAAAUACAUUUGCAUACAACAGUACGCUACUCUCAUGGGCAAAAUUGUAAACAUUUUCUAGGAACCUAUUGUUAUGUACGUCUCAUUUAUCUGUAGGCUAUGUGUUUGGACAAAA